CACAUAAUAGCGUAGCUGACCUGAUUUUCUUCCUUUUCUUCCUGUUCCUGUUCCUGUCCCUCUUCUCGCUUCCCCACGUUUUCUCAACCUUCUCAUUUACUUUUGCGUGUCUCGUUUGCUUCUUGCUCUUGGUCUUCUUUUCCAGUCUGCCAGACUCAACCCAUUCCUGCUGGCUCUGGAUCUUAUCAUUCUUCUGUUUAACCCCUGCUAUUCGAGACAAUGCCGUCCACAAUCCUGGACGAUGCUGACCGGCUUCGUCAGCGUUGGACGGAUCUUGUCACUGAUGUGACCCCUUCACAUCUCCCGACGGGACUUUUCUCGAAGCGUCAGACAAAGUCCGCAGUAGGCAUGGUAGACGUCGACCUCAAUGUCUCGUUGAUGCAAGCAUGCUCUCAAGAGUACGAUGUUUCUCCCUUGCAUUUUGUACAAGCGGCGUGGGCUGCCAUGCUGCGCUCUUAUUCCGGGUCCGACGACAUUACAUAUGGGGGUGUCGGUCUGCAACUUCCAAAUCUGAAACAGCAGUUCACAGAUAUUGCUCUGUGCCGUGUACAGCUGGAACCAGACACUUCCAUCAUCUCAAUUCCUGAGCAGUCCCUGAAAGAAGGGAUACAAGAAGCGGACUUGUUGGUCUCUCCCCCGGGAGCAUUGCAGGUCCUCUCCACGCUUGACCCGAAGCCAUGCAACUCAGCUAUCUGGAUGUGUGAUUCUGCAUCCAAGGCUGGCAUCUCCGAAAAUGAGAUUGCCACAGAAAAGACUUUUGAUUACGUUCUACGCAUUGAUCCCUCCUUAUCUACACUAGACUUAAUAUACCACAAACCCACGGUCUCUCAGGCCCAGGCCGAAUACAUCGCCAAUACCUUCGCCGAUAUCUUACAUAAUGUCUGCUCUGAUCCCCAUCAGCCCGUCUCAAGCCUGUGUCACCCCAGCGAGUUAGACACACUUCAGAUCGGGGCUUGGAACCGAAUCCUUCCUAGGGGCAGUGCCGUGUGCGUGGACCGGUUGGUCGAGGACGCUGCGCGGCGCACCCCCAAUGCCCCGGCUAUCUUCUCUUGGGAUGGCCAGAUGACUUACUCCCAGUUCAACCAGAUCGCAUGUCGUGUAGCACAGUAUUUGGAGUCUGCUGGUGUGCGUCGGGGAGAUCUGGUCCCAGUCUGCUUUGAGAAAUCCAGAUGGACUAUCAUCACUAUGAUCGCCCUGUGGAAGAUCGGUGCGGCUUGGGUGCCUCUGGAUCCACGGCAUCCUCGCCAACGCAUCGAGACGAUUGUUGAAAGCGUCGAGGCGAGAACAGUAAUCACUUCUGAGGCUAAUCAGCCGCUUUUGGCCGGCGUCUCCCCGCAAGUGAUCACGGUAGAUGCCUCCCUGAUUGACAAACUUGAAACGAGCUCGGAUGUCGAGUUCGAGUCACGAUCGCAGCCACACGAUAUCUCGUUUGUUAUGUUCACAUCAGGAAGCACAGGCAAGCCCAAAGGUGUUGUUCAUGAGCAUGCGUCUGUGGCUUCUAGUGCCCUGCACCAUGGACCUGCCAUGAACAUAAACGAGGGUACUCGUGCCUUGCAGUUUGGUGCCUACACUUUCAUCAUCAGCACCUUCGAGAUCUUCACUACACUCAUCUUUGGCGGAUGUCUGUGCAUCCCCUCGGAUCACGACCGCCACACGGACAUCCGUUCUGCCCUCCGCUCCAUGAACGCGAAUUGGGCAAUCUUCACACCCAGUUUCGCCCGGUCGCUCAAGACAGAGGAUGCUCCUACCUUGAAGACACUGAUUCUGGCGGGUGAGGCUGUCGCUCAAGACAUUAUCGAUCGAUGGGCUGCCGUCGCUCGCUUGAUCAACAUCUACGGUGCAAGUGAGUGCUCAGUCUGUAUGAUCGGGCCCAUGGUCACAGACACCCCACGAAGCUGCAUCGGCCGGGCCGUUGGCGCGCUCUCGUGGAUUGUCGAUGCCAACGACCACGACCGGCUGGUCCCAAUUGGGGCGGCUGGAGAACUGAUCAUUGAGGGCCCAACACUGGCUCGGGGCUACCUGGCUGACCCCGAACGUACCCAAGCUGUCUAUAUUAGGGAUCCCAAGUGGGCACAACAGAAGGGCAUCACGCGGCAGUUCUACAAGACCGGUGAUCUCGCUCGCUACGGCGAUGACGGCAGAAUCCAUCUGAUCGGCCGAAAGGACUUGCAGGUCAAGAUCCGUGGCCAAAGAGUCGAGUUGACCGAGAUCGAGGCCCACAUGCGUGCGAUUAACGGCCAGGUCAAGACGGCGGUGUCGAUGGUGCACCCGCAGGGUAAGGCCAUGCUGGUCGCCUUCAUCUCUAGCCAAAGUGGCUUUGGUCCUGAGUUCGAGCACCCAUUCCAUGCUACGCCUGCGGACCAAGCUGCCAUUUCAGCUGUGGCCACUCAAAUAAAUCGCGAGCUUAUGCAGAGGCUUCCGCCGUACAUGAUUCCUUCUGCAUUCAUUCCCCUAGCAUACAUGCCCCUGACUGCCUCGGGUAAGACAGACCGGCGCAUGAUCACUACUUUCGGAACCGGUCUGUCCUUGUCGGAAUUGGCUGCCCUCGCUGGAGGUGCGGCGACGGCGACGCGCACCAUGCCUUCCACUGCCGAUGAAAAGCAGCUGCAGCAAUUGUGGUCGGAGAUUCUUCAUUGCCCUCCGGAAGAGAUUGGCGUGGAGGACAACUUCUUCCAUCUGGGCGGUGACUCCAUCGAGGCGAUGAACCUCGUGCGACGGUGCCGUGCUGAGGGAUACCAGCUUCAGGUCAGCGACAUCAUGGAGAACCUUGUCCUGAGAGAUAUGGCCAAGGUGAUGGUGCCUGGUCGCUCCUCAGCUGAAAUUGCUCCGGCACGUCCCUUCGAGCUUCUCGGAGAGGAUGAAAAUACCAUCCGCGCCGCGAUCCAAUCUGCUAGUGGGUUCAAGGAGGCAGAGCUCAUCCAAGAUGCUUAUCCAUGCACACCAUUGCAGUCUGGCCUUAUGGCUCUCUCAGCCAGGAUCUCCGGUUCAUACAUUGCUCGUCAUACGCUCGAGCUGCCUGCGAACCUUAGCAUUGACCGCUUCAAGGAGCUGUGGGAGAUUGUCGUCGCUAACAACGACGUGCUGCGUACGAGGAUGCUUGAAACAGACCAAUACGGCACCAUUCAGAUGGUCAGUCGUGGUCGCAUUCAGUGGGGUUGCGGCAGUGACUUGGAGGAGUAUCUGCAGGCAGACGAGGGAAUCCCCAUGCACGUGGGCGAUGCUCUUACAAGACACGCCAUUGUCACGGCAGAUAAGACUUACUUUGUCCUGACCAUCCAUCAUGCCAUCUAUGACGGCCUUUCCUUAGAAAUGAUGUUCAAUGACCUUCUCGACGCUCUGCAGGGUAGUGUGCCUCCUGCUCGUCCGCAGUUCCGGGAUUUCGUUCAGCACGUGGUUGAGAGGAACAACGAUGAGGCUACGGAGAACUACUGGCGCGAAGAUCUGGCAGAAGGCGAUUUGAUCGCAUUUCCAACGCUCCCCUCAGCUACGUACCAGCCACUGGCUAACGAGUCGCUCAUUCACAACCUCAAGCUCAACCGUAGCGGUCCCUCGGACUUCACUACCGCAACGCUGAUUCGCGCUGCUUGGACCUUGCUCCAGGCCCGUUACUGCGAUUCGCCAGAUACGGUGUUCGGCUGCACUGUCAGUGGACGUAAUGCAUCUGUGCGCGGAGUUGAGGAUGUCGUCGGGCCGGUCAUUGCCACUGUUCCCAUCAAGGCACACUUGGAGUCCCAGCAAUCGGUCACCGACUACCUCAAAGCAGUUCAUGCUCACUCGGUCGAGAUGACCCCGUACCAGAACUAUGGUCUGCAGAACAUCGCCAGGGUCUGCGACAAUGCUCCGUCUGCGUGCAGCUUCCAGACUCUGCUUGUCAUUCAACCCGCCAGUUCCGUGCCGGAGGCUAGUCUCAUCCAGUCCUUCUCGGCACCCCGCGCGAGUUUUAGCACUGUCGCCCUCACUCUGGAGUGCAGUCUCUCUGCCGAUAGUGAAGUCCUGGUCCACGUCCACUUCGAUAAUGCGGUACUCCCUCGAGGUCAGAUCGAGCGUAUUGUGCAACAAUUCGAGCAUAUUCUGCAGCAGCUUUCCAAGGAGCCAGCGGGCACACUUGCGGAGUUGGAGUUGAUCAGUCCUCGGGACAUGAGCGACCUCUUGAAGUGGAAUAGCACGAUUCCCGAGGUGACCGAAGACUGCGUUCACAACCUUAUCGCUAGGAACACUAUGAGAGAUCCGAAUGCCCCAGCCGUUUGUGCGUGGGACGGCAAUCUCACAUAUGGCGAGCUAGACAACAUCUCGUCGAGGCUAGCCGCUCACCUUAUGAACGCUGGUGUCGGCCCCGAAGUCUUCGUUCCUCUGUGCUUUGAGAAGUCCAUGUGGACGAUCGUUGCCAUGCUGGCCACCAUGAAGGCUGGUGGUGCUUUUGUUCCCAUGGACGCUUCGCAACCGUCCAGCCGGAUGCAGCUGGUCGUCAAGGAGGUCAAUGCUCAUGUUAUGCUCUGCUCCGAAGAGCAGCUUGGCCGUUGCCCUGGUCUCGUCGAGAAAGCGAUUGCUGUGGGACCUGGUAUGGCACAGGCAUCUAUGCCCAAGCUGUCCAAAACCCCCGUGACUCCGUCCAAUGCUGCCUACGUGAUAUUCACCUCCGGUAGCACUGGGACACCCAAGGGUUCUGUUGUUGAACACCGCGCCUUCUGCACCGGUGCCAUCUCCCACAAGGAAGGUCUUCAGAUGGGCCGUCGCGUCCUGCAGUUCGCUUCUUACACCUUCGAUGCCAGUGUUUUGGAAACCCUGUCGACCCUGGUGCAGGGUGGCUGCGUGUGCGUUCCUUCCGAGUCCGAACGUCGUGGUAACAUCGCCGACGCCAUCACCCGCAUGAACGUUGACUGGGCUGUUUUGACUCCCUCCUUCGUAAGCACCAUCGAUCCAACGACGGUUCCAACGCUGGAAACGCUCUGUCUUGCCGGUGAGGCUAUGACUGCCACUCAUGUCUCUACAUGGACUCCUUAUGUCCGACUUGUUAAUGGAUACGGCCCUAGCGAGUGCUGUGUCUGCAGUUCCUCGAAUCGACGCGUCGUUCCCGGCACUCCACCCAACGAUAUUGGAACUGCCGUCGGUGGAGUUUGUUGGGUCACCGACCGUGACGACCACAACAAGCUGGCUCCAGUGGGAUGCAUUGGUGAGUUGCUGGUCGAGGGUCAUACCCUGGCCCGUCACUACCUCAAGAACGAGGAGAAGACCGCUGCUGCGUUUAUUCCUCGGCCUUCCUGGCUACCUUGGUCUCGAUGCGACCGCCUAUACAAGACCGGUGAUCUCGUCAAGUACUCCUCCGACGGCUCGCUGCUCUUCAUCGGUCGGAAGGAUACUCAGGUAAAGAUCCGAGGCCAGCGUGUCGAACUGGGCGAGAUCGAGUACCACAUUUGUUUGCCCACCGAGGUUUCCCAAGCUGUGGUGUCGUAUCCCAAGAAGGGUUUCUACGCGAACAAGCUCAUCGCUACCCUCGAGCUGACCGCCACCAGCGGUGCUGGAUUGGUUCCUGUCUCGAGUGCCAAGCUGAAGGAAACAGGAUUCGACUUGGCCGCCUUGUCCCGGUACAUGGGGGAGACGCUACCUACGCACAUGGUUCCAGUCAUUUGGAUUGUCGUAGAGAAGAUUCCCAGCUCCUCUUCCACCAAGAUUGACCGCAAGGCCGUCGACACGUGGUUGACACAGCUACCGGAGGACUUCCAACCCACCAUGGGCAUCAAGCGAAAUGAGCCAACUGUGUCGACGCUGCGACCGGACGAAGGCAAGGCUCUAGCCAUCAGCAGCAAGAUCGCUAGCUUUGUCAACCGCGAAGACAGUCCUUUGCAGGGCAAUGACUUCAACAUCUCGUCCAUGGGGAUCGACUCCGUCCAGGUUAUCAGUUUGGCCAGUUUCAUCAAGCAGACGUACGGGGUCAAGGUUGACGUGUCUCGAAUUCUGGACGGACAGACGACGGUCCGCUCGUUGGCUGCACUGAUCGAUGCCGAGUUGACCGGCACUCCUCAGGUCACGACAUCCUCGUUCGAUGCAAUGAAAGAGGCCAAUGUGCUCAUGCAGGAGAUCAUCAAGCGCAGGCCCAUGAAGAAGACCGUCUUCGUGACGGGCGUUACCGGCUUCCUGGGUACUCAGAUCUUGCGGCAGCUGUGCGAUCGUCCGGACGUCGGGCGUGUUAUCGCUCAUGUCCGUGCCUCCACCCCGUCACAGGCUUUCAUGCGAGUCAAGGACGCCGCCAUCCGCGCGCAGUGGUGGUCCGACUACUACCUGACCAAGCUUGACGUGUGGGCCGGUAACCUCGCCAAGCCCCGUCUGGGACUCAAGCCCAAGCAAUGGGCCUCGCUGACAGGCGAGAGCCCCAACGACGGGCUCGUACACGCGAUCAUCCACGCCGGUGCGGCCGUCAACUGGAACGCCGGCACGGAGAUCCUGCGCGCCGCCAACGUCGACUCGACCGCGGAGCUCAUCAAAGCCGCCGUGAGCUCACCCGCACGGCCGCGCUUGGUGUACGUGUCCGGCGGCCACCGCUGGCACCCGAACGAGGACGACCGGGACAUUGCGGCGGAGGUGGCGCACGCCAACGGGUACGCGCAGACCAAGUACCUAUCCGAGCUGCUGGUCAAGCAGUUUGCGGCGCUGUACUCGAGUCAAUUCGCGAUCGUCAAGCCGGGUCUGAUCCUCGGCACGCCCGAGGAGGGCGUUGCCAACACGGACGACUUCGUGUGGCGGCUGGCGUCGGCGGUCGUCGAUGCGCGCUGCUACAGUCGCGACGUCGGCGAGUCGUGGAUGUUCGUGACGAGCAGCACGCGCGUCGCCGAGGAGACCAUCAACCAGGCGUUCUGCCCCGCCGACGCCAUCCGCACCGUGACCUUCAUGACGGACGGCAUCACCGAGCGCGAAUUCUGGGAUAUCUUCCACCACGAGCUCAAGUACCCGUUGCGCGCGGUCGACCAUGCCACGUACCUGGAGACGCUGCACCAGGCCAUCCAGAAGGACUCGGCGGGCCACCCGCUGUGGCCGGUCAUGCAGGUAUUCGAUGCGAUCAACGGCCGCCUCGGCGGCGGCGACGUGCUGCCCGAUACGAGCGUGGUCACGCCCUCGCAGCGACAGCACGUCAAGGCCACCGUCCGGCGCAACGUGCAGUUCCUGGUCGAGGCGGGAUUCAUCGCCAGUCCGACGGGCAAGAAGAUGCGAUACAUGGCGGAGAAGGUGUUCCAGCGGUCCGGGAAUGUAUGGGAGAAUGUCAAGGGCGUGGUUAAUGGAUUGGCUUAG